GCACAAUUGCCGUGUACUUUAAGUGUAAUAUUUUUGUAAUUAAGGAAAGUGUUCAGGAUCGAAAUUGGUGUUAAAUUGUGAUGCAGAUGCUUGUUGUUCUUCGUGAGGUGAGGUGAUAGCGUUGAUAAGAGUUUGCGGUGCGCACGCGUUCGAAGACCGCGCAAUGCGCUCGCCUCCGAUUCGUCUUGUACUUUAGUUGAGCGCCGAAGUUGUGACUGUGAGCAUGUGCGCGCCGCGUCCCUGUGACUUCCGAAAAACGAAACAAUGUUGCCCAAGUAUCUUUAUUAUAUAGUGUGGUUCCUAUUGCUGAGUCCGGCGGAAUGCAGAAUAUGCACGAACGUCCGGAUCCAGAAUAACCUGACCAAGAUGGAAAAGGAUCUGGCAGGAUGCACCAUCAUCACCGAGAACCUGGUGAUCGUCCUGCUGGAAAACACCACAGCCGAAGAAUUUGACCAAUACAGCUUCCCUGAUCUGAUCGAAGUUGAGCAGUUGUUCCUCAUCUUCAGAGUCUCCGGCCUCACGAGUGUCGGCAAACUAUUUCCAAAUCUGCGUGCUAUACGAGGGAGGCAGCUACUCACGAACUAUGCCUUCAUCCUACAAGAUGUACCGGAUCUGCGCGAGAUUGGAUUAACUAGUUUGCAGAUGAUCGACAGAGGUGCCGUCCGCAUUGCCGAAUGCAACCAGCUUUGUUUCGUGGAAACAGUUGCAUGGGACAAGCUGGGUACUACCCUGGAAUACAUCAAUCCCUUUCCUCACACGUGUCCGACGUGCUCAUCGAAUUGUACACAUUGUUGGAACGGUGACAAGUGCCAAAACAUGGAGCGUACCAUUUGCAUGGAAUACCAGGACGAAGGCAAAUGCGUUCCACAAUGUCCUUCGACUAAGUAUAAGUACAAACUGAAUUCGGGCAGUCGCUGUCUGACUGAGAAAGAGUGCUACGCCAUCGGAUCACGGGACAACGUGUGGUUCCCAUUCGGUGGGAACUGUUUGAACAAAUGUCCACACAAGUACCAGCAAGUGAACAAGGCGAGUGGAUGGUGUCGUUAUUGCGGGGAGAACUGCAUUAUCCGAUGCGCGAUGAAUAAAGGGGAUGAGGUGAAUUCGCUGUCGACUGCCGAAAAGCUGGAGGGAUGCACUCACAUCGAAGGGAGCCUGAAGAUUCGCGUGACCAGUACCAAAAUGGCCGAAGAGAUGGAGACGCAUUUGGGCAGGAUUAAGCGGAUCUCCGGGUACCUUUUGAUCUACCGCUCGCAUUUCCUUCAGAAUUUGAACUUCCUCAAAGACUUGAGGGUCAUUGAGGGGAAGAUGCUCGAGGGUGGCAUCAAAUCCUUAAUAAUACACAACAACCAGGAACUGGUGCAGCUAUGGGACCACGAGGACAUUCGUAUUUUGAAAGGAAGAAUCUCAUUCCACGACAACCCUAAACUAUGUCUGCAAGUCAUCGAAAAGUUUUCGCUUCUCAGCAAUAUCACGUACAAUACCAAGGAUGUUUCACCAUACUCGAACGGAGAGGCACAAUCGUGCAAGAUCACCGAAUUCAAAAUUGAAUUCAUAGAGAUCAAUCCAACGAACGUGGUGAUGAGGUGCGAGGAGAUCAUAAAGACUCAGCACACGAACGGUUACUUCAUCUACUUCCGUGAGGACACCGGCGAGGACAUCACGUUCUACACGGAGUCAUGCGAUGAUAACGGAUGGAGCUCUGUAUUCACCAACGACAACAUCUUCGUUAUUAACUCACUUAAACCGUACACCAAGUACGCGUACUAUAUAAAAUCGCGCGAACCGCGUUUAGUGCACAGCAGGCAGACAGACAUCAAGUUCUUCCAGACGCUCUCCGAGGAUCCUUCGCCGCCCGAAAAGAUUACCGUCAUACCUGAUACCUACAAUAGCAUACGGUUAUCGUGGCAGCCUCCGUUGGAGAUUCGAGGUCGUCUCUCGCAUUACGUAAUCUACGGAUACCCGGAGUACCAGAAAAAGUCCUUCAUUGACCAACGGAACUAUUGUAGGCAUCCAAUGAAACCCAACUACCAGAAGCGGGACAGUUUCGUGAAGAUGAUGACGUCCAUUUCCAAUGGUACGUGUGAAUGCGAACCUCUGAAGGUGAAGGAAAAGGAGUUCGAGCCGCUGUGCACGAGCUUAAUCGAUAGCCAGAACGCGAAGCCGUGCAAGAACGAGUUCGAGUACGCUUUCGGAAAACAUCACGCGCGUUAUCAGAAGACCAAACGAAGCGGAUCCCAAAAUAAAAACUCUUUCCUGCACAACACCACAAAAACUAGUUUUUUAGUGCAGAACCUGCGUCACUAUACCAACCAUAUAUUCAUGAUAUCGGCGUGCAAUGUGCGACGUGGCACUGAAGAUCAGUGCAGUGAAAUCAUAAUGGUUUACAAUAAAACUCUGGCAAAGCCGGAUGCGGACGUCAUCGAUGAUUUUACUGUGGCGAUUGUCGAGGGUAAUAACGUGAUCGCAAAGUGGUCGGAACCGGCUCAGCCGAAUGCAGUGAUAAUAUCCUACCAAAUAGAGUAUAAAAGCAGGGACGCGGAGAAUGCAGAGACAAAACCCAUUUGCAUAACGAGAAAGAAGCACGAGGCGAACAAUUUCAUGUAUAAGUUGACUCACUUUUCACCGGGUUCUUAUUCGAUACGGGUGCAGGCUACGUCACUUGGAGGUCCUGGACCUUUCACUCCUUACCAUCAAUUCCAGAUCAUCAUGCCAAGUGAUAAUUCUCUCCUCAUUGGGGUUUCGGCCGUUUUCUCUAUCAUCGCAAUAGCUGCAUUGUUUGUAUUCGCUUGGUUUAUAAGAUGGAAGAGGAAACGACGACCGGAGAACCAUCAGUUGAUCAAGACUAUUAAUCCGGAAUACGCGACUUCAAGCUAUAUCGAGGACGAAUGGGAGAUCGACAGAGACAACGUGGAAGUGAUCAGUGAACUAGGAAAGGGUACCUUCGGUAUGGUGUAUAGUGGUUUGAUCAAAUCCAGAAACAUGCCGUGUGCUAUAAAGACUGUGAAUCCGGGCGCCAAUCAGGAUGAUAGAACAGAGUUUUUAAAUGAAGCUUCGGUGAUGAAGUCGUUCAGUGGUGCGAAUCAUGUAGUUAAAUUGUUGGGUGUUGUGUCACGCGGACAUCCAUCGCUGGUACUGAUGGAGUUGAUGUCCUGCGGCGAUCUGAAGACAUAUCUGCGGAAAUCGAGGGAUUCCUCGCAAAGCAUCACCAGCAACGAGAUGUACAGGAUGGCUGCAGAGAUUGCCGAUGGAAUGGCCUAUUUGGCUGCCAAGAAGUUCGUGCAUAGAGAUUUAGCAGCGAGGAAUUGUAUGGUCGCCGCGGAUCAUACCAUAAAGAUUGGGGAUUUCGGCAUGGCUAGAGAUAUUUAUGAGACUGAUUAUUAUAGGAAGGAGAGCAAAGGUUUACUGCCGGUGCGAUGGAUGGCGCCGGAGAGUUUGUCGGACGGCGUUUUCACGACGGAUUCGGAUGUAUGGAGUUAUGGCGUGGUCCUUUGGGAGAUGGUCACCUUGGCCGAGCAACCGUACCAGGGGAUGGCUAAUGAACAAGUGUUCCAGUUCGUGGUCACUCACGGGACACUCCAAAGGCCUUUAGAUUGUCCCGAGCUACUUUAUGACAUAAUGGCUGCGUGCUGGAAGUGGCAUCCAAUUAGAAGGCCUGUGUUCAUCAACAUCGUGAAGAUGCUGGAAAAGUACGUAGGAGUGACCUUCCAAUUGGUUUCCUUUUAUCAUAGCAAAGAGGGUCAGGACUACAGAUUGAAUGCCAAGCCGCGACCUAAUAAUCCUCCGGCGCGGUCGGGCGGUCUAAUGGAGAGUAAUCUUCUUGCUCGAUACAACGCCAUGGACGAUGACGUCCACCUGUCAACACAUCCAGCCGAUGAGGCACAUCCAAGUUCCUACUCACACUUGAGAGAUAACGUAAUGUCCGACAACAGUCUUGACUCUCGUUCUUCGCCCACCGAUUAUUCCCUCUAUCACAUGUCGACUCCUUGAUUAUCACACACACAAACACACUCAUUCAUACAUACACACACACAUACACAUACCCAACCCAAAUAGAAAGAAAACAAAGACUACCUCCAUUGCAUAAAUUUAUAUAUAUAUAUAGGAUUAAUUCUUGUUACCUGACGAAUUUUAACGAAGCCUUUGUUUACGGAUUUAUUUUAUAUAUAUACCAUAUAAUGUAAAUGUAUUAAACUAAAUGUGAUAUAUUUUUAGUCACUAGAGUGUAUAUCAAUGAUGUUGUGCUGCCAGUUGGACCAUAAUAUCCUUAUAUCUUUAUAUAUUUUUUACUCUCAACUACUAUUUGUUCCUUUGAUUAUAUAAUAAUUUUAUUGUUAAUUCUGUAUUGUUCCACUAUUUCUUGUUCAAUUUUCGUUUUGAUUGUUUUCGGUUCCAUUCUGAUUAACAGUUGGCAUCAGUGGCGUCACUCAACUUUAGUCACCAAAAAAAAUUCAAAAGCGCCACUGUUACAUAUCUUUAAUUUUUAUUUUUCUUGCUAACUUACUUUUAACGCGCCACAAUGUACAAUUAUUACCAGAGAGUUUAUCGAUACAAAGAGAGGAUUGGAAUCCUAUAUGUAAUUUAUAUAUAAUAUAUGUUGACAUAUAUUACAUAUAGCAUAUUUAAAUAUUGUAGUAAUAAUACUUUAAAUAUAUAUAUAUUUGUCAAUUCUGGAUAAGAGAUGAGGAAAACAUAAUAAUAGUUCGUUCGGUGUACAUUGACUUAUAUUUUUGUUGACGAGACUACAUUUUAUAAGCAUAAUAAUUUCGAUAAAUGUUUUGUAUUACAAUUUUAAAAAUAAAACCAAUUCGUGUUUC